CCACACAACAGCCCAAAAUGAGUCACCGCAAGUACGAGGCUCCCCGUCACGGCUCCCUGGCUUACCUGCCUCGGAAGCGCGCUGCCCGCCACCGCGGAAAGGUCAAGUCCUUCCCCAAGGAUGACCCCAAGAAGCCCGUCCACCUGACCGCCGCCAUGGGCUACAAGGCCGGUAUGACCACGAUCGUCCGUGACCUCGACCGACCCGGCGCGAAGGCACACAAGAAGGAAGUUGUGGAGGCUGUUUCGAUCAUUGAUACCCCCCCUAUGAUCGUUGUUGGUCUUGUGGGCUACAUCGAGACUCCCCGCGGUCUGCGCUCCCUCACCACCGUCUGGGCCGAGCACUUGAGCGACGAGGUCAAGCGACGAUUCUACAAGAACUGGUACAAGAGCAAGAAGAAGGCCUUUACCAAGUACGCCAAGAAGCACUCGGACAACAGCGGCGCCUCCAUCAACCGCGAGCUCGAGCGCAUCAAGAAGUACUGCACCGUCGUCCGCAUCCUUGCCCACACCCAGAUCCGCAAGACCCCCCUCAAGCAGAAGAAGGCCCACCUCAUGGAGAUCCAGGUCAACGGCGGCUCCGUCGCCGACAAGGUCGACUUCGCCAAGGACCUCUUCGAGAAGCCCGUCUCCGUCGACACCAUCUUCGAGCAGGAUGAGGUCAUUGACGUGAUCGCCGUCACCAAGGGUCACGGUUUCAGCGGUGUCACCGCCCGCUGGGGCACCAAGAAGCUUCCCCGCAAGACUCACAAGGGUCUCCGAAAGGUCGCUUGUAUCGGUGCCUGGCACCCGUCCCACGUCCAGUGGACCGUUGCCCGUGCCGGUCAGGAGGGUUACCACCACCGAACCUCUGUCAACCACAAGGUUUACAGAAUCGGCAAGGGUGAUGCUGAGGACAGCGCCUCCACUGACGUCGAUGUCACCAAGAAGAAGAUUACUCCUCUCGGUGGCUUCGUCCGCUAUGGUGAGGUCAACAACGACUUCGUCAUGGUCAAGGGCUCUAUCCCUGGUACCAAGAAGCGUGUCGUGACCCUGCGCAAGUCCAUGUGGACUCACACCUCAAGAAAGGCCCUGGAGAAGAUCAACCUCAAGUGGAUCGACACCUCGUCCGAGUUCGGCCACGGUGCUUUCCAGACCCCUGCGGAGAAGAAGCAGUACCAGGGCACCCUCAAGAAGGAUCUGGCCUCCGCAUAAACGUG